AUGAAGCACCUCGCAGCUUACCUCCUCCUCGGCCUCGCCGGCAAGGCCGAGCCCUCCGCCGCCGACAUCAAGAAGGUUCUCUCUGCCGUCGGCAUUGAGGCUGAUGCCGACCGUCUGUCGACUCUGAUCUCUGAGCUCAAGGGCAAGGACAUCAACGAGCUGAUUGCUGAGGGUUCCUCCAAGCUGGCUUCCGUUCCUUCUGGAGGUGCCGGCGCUGCUCCCGCUGCCGGCGGUGCCGCUGCUGCUGGUGGCGCUGCCGAUGCCCCCGCCGCCGAGAAGGAGGAGGAGAAGGAGGAGUCCGAUGAGGAUAUGGGUUUCGGUCUGUUCGACUAA